AUGGACAUCCUUGCUAACAUUCCUUUGUCUCUAGUCACCGGCAAGACCAUCACCCUUGAGGUUGAGUCCAGCGAUACUAUCGACAAUGUCAAGUCAAAGAUUCAGGACAAGGAGGGCAUCCCUCCUGACCAGCAGCGUUUGAUCUUCGCCGGCAAGCAGCUUGAAGAUGGUCGCACACUCUCCGAUUAUAAUAUCCAGAAAGAGUCGACUCUCCACCUAGUCCUUCGCCUCCGUGGCGGUAUGCAGAUUUUCGUGAAGACUCUGACCGGAAAGACUAUCACUCUUGAGGUCGAGUCCUCUGACACCAUCGACAACGUGAAAUCCAAGAUCCAAGACAAGGAGGGCAUUCCCCCUGACCAGCAGCGUUUGAUCUUCGCCGGCAAGCAGCUGGAGGAUGGUCGCACACUCUCCGAUUACAAUAUCCAGAAAGAGUCGACUCUCCACCUUGUCCUCCGUCUACGUGGUGGUAUGCAAAUCUUCGUUAAGACUUUGACUGGAAAGACAAUCACGCUCGAGGUUGAGAGCUCAGACACCAUCGACAACGUCAAAAGCAAGAUCCAAGACAAGGAGGGUAUCCCUCCCGACCAGCAGCGUCUUAUCUUCGCGGGUAAGCAGCUGGAGGAUGGACGUACUCUCUCGGACUACAAUAUUCAAAAGGAAUCCACCCUCCACCUGGUGCUGCGUCUGCGUGGUGGCCAGUAA